CGACCCGCGAGUUCUACGAAACACCCUCACACAACCCUUCAACCUCGUCAAGAUGCGCUUCAACCUCACGUCUCUCGCGCUCUUCGCGGUUCUCGGCCUCUGCGCCUCAGCCCUCCCGUCCUCCGAGAAGACGAUCACCAAGUCCGACGACGUCCCCGCCGUCUCCUUCGCGGCCAGCAAGUUCACCAUCACCGUCGACCCCACCGACGCCAACACGUACAUGUACAUGGGCGUCGGCAGCUCCGGCGGUUUCGUCCAUCCCACCCGUGGGCUUGUUCAUCUGCGAGACGUCGUAGGCGUCGCCCACCAUCACCGAGAUCAACGGUGUCCUCCCAAAGCCCAAGAAUAUGGGCAUCAACGACCUCCGCGGCUGCGAUCAGCAGAAGAUUGGUGGCUCGCACUGCUCAAAGAUGGUUAUUUCGUCGGUGCGCUCUAUCAACAUCGCUGGUAUUGACCUGGGCGGCAGGCAGGGCGGUGAGUAGUUGGAGAGACAUCAGGCCGCUCCACG